AUGCUUACCGGAUUGAGUUAUUCGACUAGUUACUUUGCUGUUACUGAUCAAUGCAUCGAUUACAUUAAAUCGGCAGACAACAAUACACAUAUUAUCUUAAUUGUUUCUGGUUUAUAUGCGUCAACGGUUCUGGCCGAUAUACACUCUUAUCAAUCACUGAAAUGGGUAUUCGUUUUUUGUGAAGACGAUGAUAACUAUACAUCAUUAUUUUCUCAAUAUAAUAAAAUUGUUGAGGUUCAUACAGAACAGGAAUCUUUACGAUCAGCCAUUGUUAAGAAGAUGGAUCUUAUCGGACGGCAAACAUUCCAAUUUACUGUGAUUGAUGAACGGCAACAGUCAAUGAGGGAUUUGACUGAACGCACGAUCACCUUAGUUGUAUUUAUUCUUCAUUCUGUGCUGCUCAAUAUACUAAAACGUAUGUCACCGGAUGACUACGCUAAAGAACACUUCAUUGAUACAUGUAGAAAAUAUUAUUUCCACAGUAAACAUGAUUUAAUAAUGAUUGAGCGUUUUCGUGCGACAUUUAUACCCGAGGAUUCUAUUCAAUGGUAUACAAGCAAUUGCUUUCUCUUUCGUCUGUUGAAUCGAGUCUUGCGCACUGAAGACCCCGAGUGGCUUUUCGCAUUUAGAUUCUACAUUAUCCUUUUAUGUAAUGCAUUGGAAACUGAAAAACAAAAACUACCACCGAACACAAAACUAGCAUUGUUUCGUGGUCAAAAAAUGUCAAAAAUGGAAUUGAAUUCUCUUCGAAAAAAUAUCGGUAGUUACAUAACGACAAAUGGUUUUCUAUCAACUUCAUUCGAUGUUGAUGUGGCGCUUGUGUUUGCUGGAUAUGGUACAUCAUGCGAAGAAUCAUUGUGCAUUGUUUUAUUUGAAAUUCAAGCUGAUGUAUCCGUCAAAUCAGCCGUCUUUGCGCCAAUUGAAACUGAAAGUAGCUUUAAUAGUGAACGAGAAGUUCUUUUUAGUUUGAACACUAUUUUUAAAAUUAAAUCAAUUGAUUUUGAUGAUGUAUUUCAAGUGUGGAAAGUGAUAAUGAUAACAACCGACGACAGAACGAAAUAUAUGGAUGAAUAUCUACAAUUAGCGGCAACUGAAGAAAGAAAAUUGUAUACGCCAUUGACCUACUAUGGUCAUGUUCUAUGGUAUGAACAUCAACUAGUUGAUAAAGGAGUAACAUAUUUUCAAACACUCAUAAAAAAACUACCCGUCGAUCAUCCCGAUUUAUCUGUUGUUUAUAAUGAACUUGGAUGUGCAUAUCAUAAGAAAAAAAUGGUCUUAAUCAUUGCAAUAUUUGAUGCUUGCUCGUGA